UCAAAUCCCGUUUCAGAAAAUCUGACAGCUCAAGCCGUAGCCAAUCAAAAACCGCGCAUACGCUGGGAGAGAUAUCCUGAGAUAUCCCGCCGUUCAUGUCUAUAUUUGAAAUAAAAUGGACGAGGUUAUAAUCGUAGCGGUAGCGAAUCACCCUGUAUUAUUUGAUGUGACCCUGUUCACCUACCGGGAUAGAAACCAGAGGAACCAGGCAUGGAAGGAGGUGGCAGAGACAGUGGGGGAAACUGACGAAGUGUGCAAAAAGCGUUGGAAGUCCCUCAGGGACCGAUACCGCAGGGAGAGGAUCCUGGAGAAGGAAGGGAAAAGUAGCGGGGCAGGGGCUUCCGGGGGAUCUAAGCCCUGGCGUCUCGCGGCAGUAAUGAGCUUUUUAAAGCCCUUCAUGCUGGACCGUGAGACGUCCAGCAAUUUCCCCCGGCAACCCCUGCCUCCACCCACCGGAGCAGAAGAAGAGGAAGACUCUAUGGGUGACAGCCUGGAUGACAGUCUGGAAAGCCAGCCAGAGCAAGGUAGCAGUCAGCCGGCCAGUCAGCCGGCCAGUGUGCCGGCCAGUGUGCCAGACGGGUGGUGUGCCGGCCAGUGUGCCAGCAUUGGGGGAGAAGAAGAGCAGGGGAAGGGAGAUGUCCCCUUUUGA